AACCCACCUUCAUUGCAAACCUUAUCCGCCUUCGAUAUGUAGAAGUCCGAGGACUGUCCCACAUCUUCUUGGUCGUUCUAUCCCACUUUUCUUUGCUCUCAAAGUUAGCUUCAAUAUUUUUGAAAAUGGGGGACGAGGUGGUUCUGCUGGAUUUCUGGCCCAGCGUGUUUGGAAUGAGGGUCAGGAUCGCCCUGGCUGAGAAGGGGAUCGAAUACGAAUACAAGGACGACAACUUGAGGAACAAAAGCGAUCUGCUUCUCAAGAUGAACCCGGUUCACAAGAAGGUCCCGGUUCUCAUCCACAACGGCAAACCGGUCUGUGAGUCACUCAUCAUCGUUCAGUACAUUGACGAGGUCUGGAAGGACAAAUCUCCGUUGCUGCCCUCUGAUCCUCACCAAAGAGCUCACGCCAGGUUCUGGGCUGAUUUUGUUGACCAGAAGGUAUAUGCUGUUGGAAGGAAGUUAUGGGAAACAAAAAGAGGAGAGCAGGAGGCAGCAAACAAGGAUUUCUUGGAAACAUUUAAGACAUUGGAGACAGAGCUUGGUGAGAAGCCUUACUUUGGGGGUGAAACAUUUGGGUUUGUCGACAUUUCUCUCAUCACUUUCUACAGCCGGUUCUAUCUAUACGAGAGAUUUGGCAAAUUGAGCAUGGAGGCCGAGUUCCCCAAAAUUGUUGCAUGGGCUAAGAGGUGCCUGCAAAAGGAGAGUGUUGCCAACACUCUUCCUGACCAGAAGAAGAUUUAUGAGUUUCACAUGAAGUGGUUUGGAUUAGAGUAAUGGUCUGGCCAGAGUUACAGAGUAUUGUCUGCUAAAUGUAAGAUUAUAUAUAGCCUUUCUACCAUAUAUAGGAAUAAGAAAGAUAUAAGGCUUUGCUUGUUGAUGCGUUU